GGCAUCGCGCCCUCCCUAAAGCUUGUGCGCAUGCGUCUGUCAUCAUCCCUGGAAGUACUCCCCACGUGUACCCUUGAGAAGACAACAAACCUCACCCAGCUUGCUUAUAGAUCAAAACAAGGGAGUUGUGUUAUGGCAAGAAGACUGAUAUACCCCCUGUACCAGGCAGGGAACCCCCAGCUGAAGAUGUUCAGGCCUCCAUUUGCCCUCACCCUGGUCCGACCUGGGAAGGAGCAACCCCCGGAUAUCGUCCAGUUCCGCAUCCCGAUGGAAAUGACUAAGUGUGACGUGAGGAACUACCUGGAAAAUAUUUAUAGUGUUCCAGUAGCAGCAGUUCGCACCAGGAUACAAUACUGUACGAACAAGAAAAGAAAUCACCUGAACCAGAAAGUGAAGAGGCCUGAUUACAAAGUGGCGUACAUUCAAUUGGGACAGCAGCAGACCUUCUCCUUCCCCGACGUCUUCCAGUCGAUGGACGCCAAGCCGCCCGAGGGCUCGGCCGACGACAUCCAGAACAAGUUCAUGGAGGACGAAAAACAGAGACAGAAACCAGACCCUCGAAGAGGAGGGGUCACGGAGUGGUUCGGACUCUAGACAGCCCGUAUGUGAGGGAGAGAGAAAGAGUGUGUCUGAAGAGAUGAUCGAUAUGCAAAUGUUUUAAAACUAAAGAAAUAUAAUAUUUGUGUAAAGAGAGUAUGGAAGUGUGUGUGUCUCAGAGCUGAACCACAGAACGCUUCAGAACUUCUACUCUAGAAUUUGUUCCUCCAUCACCUCAUUUGACCCUCUCACGAGAAGUUUUCUCUUUCUCUUCUGUUUCUGUCCCUCCUUCUGUGUUCAUCUGCCCCCCGCUUCAGAGCCAGCCGGUCCCAACCCUACCAUGACAAAUGUUUCUUGCCCUUUCUCUCGAAAGCAAGUUUUGGCCCUGACUUGCUGGCACACGCACUUGACAUUUGGAGAGGUAUUAUUUCAGCCACACAAAAUGUGUGGCUGUCAAGCAAUUAGCGAUUUCGAGGAAUAGCCGCUUAUGUUAUCCAACCAGCCGCCCGGGAGAGGAGAAAGGGUACUGUGUGAAUGUGGCCUCGCCUCGCCUGUGUUUCUGUUUAACUAAACAUGUUGGAAGAAAUAAAAGGUCGCUUGUCAAGACUCA